AUGGAGCUCGCCGCUGCGGAAGGCGCAGGCGCCAAGCUGCAUGGCGCGAGCAGCAGCGGCACGCACGGCGUAGAGGCCAUGCCCGCGGUGGAGCAGGCCAGUGGGCUAGCCGCGAGCGACGCGGACCUGGAGGCCCCGCCGGCGCCCGCCGACAAUACCGGCCGCUCUAGCGCAGACGGCGGACUCAUCGCCGCCGCCGGCGCCGCCCCCGAGGCCCCUCUCGCGGCAGCGGGGCCCGCGGCGUCGCCGCCGGGGGCCGGCCCCUGGGACGAGGUGGGGUGGGAGGGCCGGGGCCGGGCAUGA